CAAUGAUUAACCCAAGCUGGUACACAAAUUCCCAGUCCCGUUUAUACAAUUUAAUGAUCCAUAACAUUUUAUCUUGAUGGCCCGAUGGAUAUCGUUUGCCAGUUUGAAGUUUACAAUGACUCUGCACCGGAUGUAUUUUUUGUGGAUAUUUGUUCUGCUUUCAGUUGAGCAAGUACAUAUGAACGGGAUACCUGUUAUAGAAUCAGUGGAGAUAAAUUGCGAUCACGAUUAUGUGGAAUAUUUCAAAAAAGUGCCCAAUCAAGAUGAGCUCUAUACGUUUCGUGUGGCAAAGAAGGCUGCAUCGUUCAGCAUGAACAUUGAGCUGCGCUCUGUGAAAUCUCAACGGGUAUUGUACGAGCUAAAAAGAGUAGAUGGCUGCCAGUUUUUAGAAAAUCAGUUUUAUAAGAAGAUGUUUGUCGAGAGCUACAAUACCUUAGUGGUGAACAACUCCUUCUUUAAGUGCCCGAUUGCCCCAAAGGUAUACUACCUCAAGAAUUUAACCAACGCCCUCAUCUCACCGACUUUCCAUCCAACUGGACAUUAUCAGGCAUUCGUUCAAAUUAAAAUGGCUGAGAGUCCGUCUCCAUUCAUUAUGGAAAUUCUCUGCAAGUACAAAUCACUGUCAGUGGACAAAAAAUGAGAGAAUGGAAAAUGCAUGCGUCAUACCGAAUUUAUAAUAAAGUUAAUCCAAGUUAUUAUAAAUAUUAAAAAUUAGUUUGGACCAAAUAUGUUUUCGUCUGACAGAAGCUGGAAUGCAGAUAAUUUAUUCAUUUGUGUUAAACGUAAUAUUCGUAAUGAUGAAGUUAAAAAUAUAUAAAAUAAGAAGAAGAAAAAUUGGAAAAGAGCAUAAAUCAUUUGUAAUAGAAGACUUUAAACCAUUUCAGACCGUCGAAUCAAUAAUCCCUUCAGCUUAGAUGAUUGAAUAUAAGAAAUUUUAUGAAUAUGUUUUGUCUAUUUGUGUGCUGAUAACAUUAUCCACCUAUCCAGUGAGGAGAAUUUUGUGAAGAAACGAAAAUACCAUUGAAAUAUUUGUUAUUUUGUAUUAAUAUAUGUAUGUAUAUAUUAUAUAAUAUUGUCGUUAGCAAGUGCAUAUCUAUGUGUAGCUAUUAUGGAUGAAUUGAUUGAAAAUCUGAAUGAAAGGCGACUUUAAAAUAUAUCGAAAACGUUUAUUCAGCAUUAA